UUCCAUGUUUGCCACGAUUCAAAAUAAAAUGGAAACUGAACUCCAUCGCCGCAAUAUCUUUAUAGGUUCGAAACGGAAAUUGGAGAUUUAGAGAGAGAGAAGAUGAGUAGCAACGCAGAAGUCGGAGGGGGAGGGGCCAGCAAUGGAGGAUUGUUGUACCACGAGGUACAAGAGUCGAAGCUGUGCGCGGUGCAUUGCGUGAACACGGUGCUGCAGGGCCCUUUCUUCUCGGAGUUCGAUUUGGCGGCCUUGGCAUCCGAUCUGGAUCGCACGGAGCGCCAGAUGAUGCUCGGCUCCUCCGUCACCGGAGAUUUUGUCCCUGAGCUCUCUCACAACGUCUCUCUCGAUGGUGACUUCAGCAUCCAGGUUCUACAAAAAGCUUUGGAAGUGUGGGAUUUGCAAGUCAUCCCCCUCGAUAGCCCUGCUGCGGAGCCAGCUCAGAUUGACCCAGAGAAGGAAAAUGCCUUUAUCUGUCACUUGCAGGACCAUUGGUUCUGUAUCAGGAAAGUUAACGGCGAGUGGUACAAUUUCGACAGCCUCUAUCCAGCGCCAGAGCACCUCUCGAAGUUUUACCUUUCAGCCUACCUUGACUCACUGAAGGACUCCGGGUGGAGCAUUUUUCUGGUGAGAGGAAAUUUCCCAAAGGAGUGGUCCGUUGCAUCCUCUGAGGCCUCCAACGGGUUCGGGCAGUGGCUUUUACCCGAAGACGCAGAGAGGAUUACCAAAUCGUGCAACAUUGCAUCAAGAACACAGAAGGGAGUUGGUCAGCAGCAGCAGCAGCAGCAGCAGCUCUCUGAUCCCUACAUUCAGUAUGAUGAUGGACAAAUGUUAUUUGAUGAUGAAGAUGAGGAUUUGAAAGCUGCAAUAGCUGCCAGCCUGAUGGAAUCCUCUCAGCCAGCAGCAGCGACUACUGCUAGUGAAACGCAACCAGGCUCCUCGGAAAAUGAGAACAAGAUCAGUGAGGAAAAGAAGGAAGAAUGAGAGAGGCGAGAUCCUCAUCAUUGUUGAAUGUCUUGCGUGCAUUCUAUGUUUGUUUUAAAGGGAACUGUAGAAACUUUAUCUAUCAAAACAAUCAAUAUAUGUUUGAUUAUAUUCUU